AUGAGAUUGAAGGCACAAAACUAUACACUCCUUCGGCAGGGUGAAGAUGACCCUCUGCCACGACCUGCAGAACGACGACGAUGGAAUCAACGACCAAUAUGGCAGUGGAUUGUUCCUGGCCUCUUAGCUUUGACCGUUGUGCUUGCUUUGAUUAUUACGAGGGCCACUCGAGGUGAAAAGGAUUCUAAUUGGGACCAUAACUCCAAUCUGCCAGCUUGUCCUCAAUAUCCAGCACUGAAGGCAUUGUCGAGCGAUCGUGAGAAAUUGGAGGAUGAAGUGAAGCAUACCAUCAACAGUGACGAAUUCUUCGAAAAGAGCUUGAAGAAUAUGCAAGGAGCUGUUCAAAUUCCGACCGAGAGCUUCGAUGACAUGGGAAAGGUGGGGAAUGAUACGAGAUGGGAUAUUUUCAAAGACUUCCACAAGUACUUGGAGAAGACCUUUCCUUUGGUAUACUCGAAACUCGAAUUCACUCCCAUCAAUACUUAUGGCAUUCUUCUCGAAUGGAAGGGCAAAGACUCCUCGUUAAAACCAUAUCUGUUCAUGGGCCAUCAAGAUGUUGUCCCUGUCCCCAAAGUCACAGAAUCACGCUGGAAAUACCCUCCAUACUCGGCACAUUAUGAUGGCAGAUUUAUAUGGGGUCGUGGUGCGACGGAUUGCAAGAAUGUCUUGAUUGGUGUUCUCGAAGCUUUCGAAACUCUUCUCGAGAAGGACUUCACACCUGAGAGGACAAUUUUGGCCGGAUUCGGAUUCGAUGAGGAGAUCAGUGGAUACCAGGGAGCUCAAUAUAUUGCCCAGCAUCUGGAGGAGACUAGAGGGAAAGAUUCCAUUGAUCUUAUAAUUGAUGAAGGUGGCUUGGGAGUCAAAGACAUGAAUGGAGCCAUUUUUGCUCUUCCAGGACUCGGCGAGAAAGGAUACUUCGAUGCCAGGAUUACAGUUGAGACAGCGGGCGGUCACUCAUCUGUUCCGCCAGACCAUACUGGAAUUGGUAUUUUGUCUCAGAUUGUCUCAGCCAUUGAGGCAGCCCCUUACGAGCCAGAACUCACUCCUGUCAAUCCAUACUACACAACUCUUCAAUGCUCUGCCGAGCAUAGCCCUAAGUUGGAUUCUUGGUUACGCAAAACGAUUCAAAAAGCUUUAAGUAGCAAGAAAGCGGCCAAAGAAGUUGCUGACUACCUCGCGUCUAAAGACAUCUUUCAGCGUUACCUCAUGCAGACCUCGCAAGCAACGGAUCUUGUUUCUGGAGGCGUCAAGAUCAAUGCCCUUCCAGAGAAAGUCUAUGCUGUUGUCAAUCACCGCAUCGCUGUGGAAAGCCGAGUCAAAGAUGUACAAGCCAACUUGAAAUCCGUCAUCGAGUCCAAGAUCCUCACAAAGUUCCCAAUGUCACUGAAUGCUUUUGGGGAUGUCAUUGGAAAUACGUCGACCUCAGCAGUCGGACAAAUUAUCCUUGAGGAGUUUGAUGAGCAGCCACUCGAGCCUUCACCUGUGUCUCCUUUCGAUACAGAUGCGUACAAGAUCUUCACGGGAACCAUCAAACAAGUAAUGGGUGAGGAUGUUAUCGUGGCUCCUAGCUUGAUGACAGGAAACACAGACACGAAAUUCUACUGGAAUUUGAGCAAGAACAUUUACAGAUUCGCACCAGUGAGGGAAGGAGGACGAGAAAAUGCGCAUACUGUUGAUGAGAGAAUUGGAAUGAAGGAGCAUAUCGAGGGGGUGAGAUUCUAUGCGCAGAUGAUUAUGAAUGGAGAAAGGUCAUGA